AUGGAGGAGGAGCCAGGGCGCGACCCGGCCGGAGCUCGGGGAGCCCGCGCCAUGGCCUCGCCCGACGCCGUGAGCUUCUGCUGCCACACCUGCGCCGCCCGGCUGGAGCUCCCCGCCCCGUCCUCCCCCUUCCACUUCACCCUCUGCCCCCGUUGCCGCCGGGACUACCUCGACGACUCCCCCGCGCUGCCGCCGCCUCCACCGCCCCUGUGCGCCCUACCCUGGCCGCCUGCUCCGUUCACCUCUUCCACGCCACCGCCGGCCCCGUGCGUCUCGUCGUCGUGGUCUUCCUUCACGACGGCGCGGCCGCGGACUCCGGUGUCCCCGCGCACAGGACCCUCGUUUUCCUCCACAGGACCACCGCCUGCGACGUCGAGCGGCAGCGCCGCCUCGCCGACCGCUCCCGUGCCGUCCUCCUACUGCCCCGAGCGCUCAGCGGCAUGUCGGGAAUUCCGGCUCCUUUGCGAGCAGCGCCGGUCCUCGCCCGCCGUCUCUCCCCUGUCGUCCCCGUACUCCACCGCCUGCUCCUCCCCUCUGCUGGCGUCGCCGCCUCCCCCGCCCCCGCCGCCGUUCCACCACGGCGACGGCGAUCUACUAUCCGAGUCGUUUCCUUUGACCCUGCGCUCCUCCACCGCCGAGGAGGCCACGUCACCGCCUCAUGAUCUGCUUCCUCCUCCGCCUCCGCCUUGGCUGCCGCUGGCGUCCGCUGGUACAUGGGAUGAAUUCCUAUUCAACCACUCCGACUCCGAUGAUGACAGCCCGCCACAGCCUCCUCCGCCGCCGCCGCAUGUCUCUACCUACCAUGCCAUGCUCGACGUGCCGCUCCAAGUCCAACGCGGCGGGCCACAAGCGGCGGCGGCGUCUAUGGCCGCCAACGACAGCGUGUUCGAGUUCGACACGCCUCUCCAACGCGGCGGGUCACAGGCGGCGCCGCCGGAGUCCAUCGCCGCCCUGCCCACCGUCGCCGUCACGGAGGCCGGGCUGGACUGCGUCGUCUGCACCGACCCCCUCCCGCCGUCGGCGCCCGCGCUCCGGCUCCCCUGCGGCCACCUGUACCACUCCCACUGCAUCGUGAGGUGGCUGUCCGAGCAGAACUCCUGCCCAAUCUGCCGAGGCAGCAUCCCGACGAUCGUCUCCGCCACAAGCGACAUCGCGUCGUCGUCGUCGUCGUCAUCGUCGCAGCCCCCCGGCGGGAGGCGAAGGCGAUCUCUGCCGGUGCCGGGGGGGCGCCGGAUCAGAAGGAUCUGCAGCCGGCUGCUUCGAAACAUGGAAAUCGGCCGCGAUCGUCAGACGAGCAGCAGCCGCGAUCGCCAGACAAACAGCAGCGGCGGCGAUGUGCGUGUGUGA